UUCUCGCAUUAAGACCAGAGAGGACAGAAGGAGGCAGAAACGACUAAGGGGUGUCACUAGUGGUUUUUUCUCGAGCUCAGCUAGCAAGCCUUUUCCUCCAGGGACACUCGUCCGGUCCGGGAGGGUCGUACAGUGAGAUUUCUGCACUGUGGUACAGUGAAGUUCACUCUCUGCUGCCUGUGCCACACGCAGACUCCGAAGGGAUACAGCAACGAGAAUUACAUCAACACAAGCAUCAAAAUUCACAUAACUUUGGAAAGAAGAGCACACAAAUUGUACAAUUCCACAAGACUCCACCCAAAAAGCGAGACAGCGAAUUAGUGCAGGAGACCCGAGUCGAUAAAAAUGAGUCAACACACACGCCCCCACCAGUCGAGCGCCGCCGCCGCUCCCCUAUCCAACGCUUCUCUCUCCCCGGACAAGGACGCAGACAUGCCCGCUACAGAGAAAGAUCUCGCCGAGGACGCGCCAUGGAAGAAGAUCCAGCAGAACACAUUCACGCGUUGGUGCAACGAGCAUCUGAAAUGUGUCAAUAAGCGCAUAGCGAACCUGCAGACGGACCUGAGCGAUGGGCUCCGGCUGAUCGCGCUUCUGGAGGUGCUCAGCCAGAAGAAGAUGUUCCGCAAGUACAACCAGCGCCCCACGUUCAGACAGAUGCAGCUGGAGAACGUCUCCGUGGCUCUGGAGUUCCUCGACAGGGAAAACAUCAAGCUGGUGUCUAUAGAUAGUAAGGCCAUAGUGGAUGGGAACCUGAAGCUGAUUCUGGGUCUGAUAUGGACUCUUAUUCUCCAUUAUUCCAUCUCCAUGCCCAUGUGGGACGAGGAAGAAGAGACCGAAGAAAGCAAGCAGAAGACGCCCAAACAGAGGCUGCUCGGAUGGAUCCAGAACAAGCUGCCCGAGCUGCCCAUCACCAACUUCAGUCGGGAUUGGCAGUCAGGAAAAGCCCUUGGUGCUUUGGUGGACAGUUGUGCUCCAGGUCUUUGUCCAGACUGGGAUUCCUGGGACCAGACCAAGCCUGUGGACAAUGCCAGGGAGGCCAUGCAGCAGGCUGAUGACUGGCUUGGUGUUCCUCAGGUGAUCACUCCAGAAGAAAUCGUUGAUCCCAAUGUGGACGAGCACUCUGUUAUGACUUACCUGUCCCAGUUCCCCAAAGCCAAACUCAAGCCUGGUGCCCCACUGCGGCCCAAACUCAACCCCAAAAAGGCCCGUGCCUAUGGACCAGGUAUUGAGCCCACAGGUAAUGUUGUGAUGAAGAAGGCAGUGUUCACUGUUGAGACCAUCAGCGCUGGUCAGGGCGAGGUUCUGGUUUACGUGGAGGACCCAGCUGGUCACCGUGAGGAGGCCAAAGUUACAGCCAACAAUGACAAGAACCGCACCUACUCAGUAUUCUACGUACCAAAAGUCACUGGACAACACAAGGUGACAGUGCUGUUUGCAGGGCAACACAUCUCCAAGAGCCCAUUUGAGGUGGAUGUGGGAAUGGCUCAGGGAGACUCCAGCAAGGUCACUGCCCAGGGCCCAGGACUUGAGCCUGCUGGCAACAUUGCCAACAAGACCACAUACUUUGAUGUCUACACAGCUGGUGCUGGAGUAGGAGAGGUUGAGGUGGUCAUUAUGGACCCUAGUGGUAAGAAGGGCACUGUUGAAUGCAGUGUUGAGGAUAAGGGCAACAGCAGCUACCGAUGCACCUACAAGCCCACUCAGGAAGGCCAGCACACCAUCUAUGUCACCUUCGCUGGCGGGCAGAUCUCCAAGAGCCCUUACACUGUCCAUGUGGGAGAGGCCUGUAAUCCAAGCCUGUGUAAAGCCAAGGGCCGUGGUCUGCAGCCUAAAGGCUUGAGGAUCAAAGAGACUGCGGAGUUUAAGGUUUACACCAAAGGAGCUGGCACUGGAGACCUGAAAGUCACCAUCAAAGGACCCAAGGGUCUUGAGGAGCCGUGUAAGAAGAAGGAUCUGGGAGAUGGCGUGUACAGCUUCGAGUAUUACCCCACCACACCUGGGACUUACAUCAUCACGAUCACAUGGGGUGGACAGCACAUCCCACGCAGUCCGUUUGAGGUGAAGAUUGGAUCUGAAGCAGGACCGCAGCAAGUCAGGGCAUGGGGUCCAGGACUGGAAAGUGGUGUGGUUGGCAAGUCGGCUGACUUUGUGGUUGAAGCCGUCGGAGAUGACGUGGGCACUUUGGGUUUCUCAGUUGAGGGCCCAUCCCCAGCUAAGAUUGAAUGUGACGAUAAGGGAGACGGCUCCUGUGACGUGAGGUACUGGCCCACAGAACCGGGCGAGUAUGCGGUUCAUGUGCUCUGUAAGAACGAGGACAUCCAACUCAGCCCUUUCAUGGCUGAAAUUGCGCCUGCGCCAGGAAAAGACUUCUACCCUGACAAGGUGAAGGCUUAUGGUCCAGGUCUGCAGAGCUCUGGCCUUUCAGUCGGCAAACCAGCAGAGUUCACUGUGGAUGCCAAACUAGGUGGCAAAGCUCCUCUAAAGAUUCAAGCUCAGGACCGUGAUGGAAACCCAGUGGAUGUGCAGGUGAAGGACAACGGUAAUGGAACAUACAGCUGCAGCUACACCCCUCGCAAACCACUCAAACACACUGUGAUGGUGUCCUGGGGCGGAGUCAACAUCCCAGAGAGCCCAUUCAGGAUGAAUAUUGGAGCAGGGUGCCAUCCCAAUAAGGUGAAAGUUUCAGGACCUGGAGUGGCCAAGACUGGCCUGAAGGCAUAUGAACCAACGUACUUUACUGUGGAUUGUGCUGAGGCAGGACAAGGUGACAUCAGCAUAGGCAUCAAAUGCGCUCCAGGUGUUGUGGGACCUGCUGAGGCUGACAUCGAUUUUGACAUCAUUAGAAAUGACAAUGACACUUUCACUGUCAAAUACACCCCUCCUGGAGCGGGCAGCUACACAAUCAUGGUGCUGUUUGCCGAUCAGGCCAUUCCCAUGACGCCCAUCAGAAUCAAGGUUGAUCCCUCUCAUGAUGCCAGCAAGGUUAAAGCAGAGGGCCCUGGACUCAACCGUACUGGUGUGGAGCUGAACAAACCCACUCACUUCACUGUGAACACCAAGGCUGCUGGCAAAGCUAAGCUUGAUGCUCAGUUCACUGGACCCACCAAGGGAGAGGUGGUGCGUGACUUUGACAUCAUUAACAAUCAUGACGGCACCCACACUGUUAAAUACACCCCUGUUCAACAGGGCAAUAUGGGUUUGAAUGUCACCUAUGGUGGUGAUCCCAUUCCCAAGAGCCCGUUUGCUGUAGGAGUUGCCCCAUCCCUGGACCUCAGUAAAGUUAAAGUGGCUGGAAUUGGAGAUACAAUGCCCGUUGGAAAGGAUCAGGAGAUCACAGUCAAGUCCAAAGGAGCAGGUGGUCAGGGCAAGGUUGGCGCCAAGGUCACAGGUCCAUCUGGCAAAUCGGUGCCUUGUAAAGUUGAACCAGGCCUUAGCCCUGAAACCAGUCAGGUCCGUUUUAUCCCCAGGGAUAAGGGACCGUAUGAGGUUGAACUGACAUAUGACGGCACCCCCAUCCCCGGCAGUCCAUUCCCUGUGGAAGCCAUUGCACCUACUGACCCAUCUAAGGUGCGAUGUUCCGGGCCAGGUCUGGAGCGAGCUAAGGUUGGCGAGCCAGGACAGUUUGUGGUCGAUUGCACUAAUGCUGGUCCUGCUGAGCUGACUAUUGAGAUCAUCUCAGACAAUGGCACCGAAGCUGAAGUCCACAUUCAGGACAAUGGGGAUGGAACAUACACUAUCACUUAUAUUCCUCUGUAUCCUGGAGCUUACACCCUCACCAUCCGCUACGGCGAUCAGGAUGUGCCAAACUUCCCAGCCAGACUCAACGUGGAGCCUGCUGUGGAAACCAGUGGAGUCAAAGUGUUCGGACCUGGAGUGGAAGGCAAAGGUGUUUUCCGGGAGGCCACUACCGAUUUCACUGUGGAUGCUCGUGCACUUACCAAAACGGGUGGCAAUCAUAUCAAGACCUGUAUCAACAACCCAUCAGGCAACCACACUGACGCUCUGAUCAGAGACCUGGGAGACGGCACCUAUCAAGUGGAAUACACACCUUAUGAAGAGGGCACACACAGUGUUGAGGUUACAUACGAUAACGCCCCAGUUCCCAAGAGCCCGUUUCGUGUGGCAGUGACUGAAGGUUGUGACCCAGCACGUGUGCGUGUACAUGGUCCAGGACUUCAGUCUGGCAUCACCAACAAACCCAACAAGUUUACAGUGGAGACCCGAGGGGCUGGUACAGGCGGCCUGGGACUGGCUAUGGAGGGACCUUCUGAGGCCAAAAUGUCCUGCACUGAUAACAAAGAUGGCAGCUGUUGUGUUGAAUACAUCCCAUAUGAGCCAGGCACAUACAACCUCAAUGUCACCUAUGGAGGCCAACCGAUCACUGGAAGCCCCUUCUCUGUACCUGUCCACGAUACUGUUGAUGCAUCUAAAGUGAAAUGCCAAGGUCAGGGGCUUGGAAACAACGUGCGUGCCAAUAUCCCACAGGUCUUUUCUGUGGAUGCAAGCAAGGCUGGAGUGGCUCCCUUGCAGGUCAGAGUACAGGGACCCAAAGGUGAGUGUAUCAAGAAUCAUCUUGUUCGUUUGGCUUUUCUUUCCCCCUCCUUUGAAUUAAAGGACUGUAUCUGUUACCGUUUAUGUUGUGUAGGUGUCGUAGAGCCUGUUGAGGUGGUGGAUAAUGGUGACCGCACCCACACAGUCAGCUAUGUACCCACCAGAGAGGGGCCGUAUUCUAUAAAUGUCCUGUAUGCGGAUGAGGAGAUCCCACACAGUCCUUAUAAGGUCAAGGUUCUGCCCACUCAUGAUGCUAGUAAGGUCCGUGCCAGCGGCCCUGGUCUGAAUACCACCGGUGUUCCUGCCAGUCUGCCUGUGGAGUUCACUAUUGACGCCAAAGAUGCUGGAGAGGGACUAUUGGCUGUCCAGAUCACUGACCCUGAAGGGAAGCCAAAGAAGGCUAACAUUCGUGAUAAUCAAGAUGGGACGUAUCUUGUGUCCUACGUGCCUGACAUGACUGGCCGCUACACUAUUCUAAUCAAAUAUGGUGGUGAUGAGAUCCCAUAUUCUCCAUAUCGUAUCAGAGCCCUACCAACGGGAGACGCCAGCAAAUGCACGGUCACAGGCGCUGGAGUCGGUCCAACCAUUCAGAUCGGAGAGCAGACUGUCAUCACUGUGGACGCGAAGGCUGCUGGGAAGGGCAAGGUGACUUGCACGGUGUGCACUCCAGACGGAGGCGAGGUGGAUGUGGACGUAGUUGAAAAUGAAGAUGGAACAUUUGACAUCUUCUACACGGCACCCCAGCCUGGCAAAUACGUCAUCUGUGUGCGCUUCGGUGGAGAGCACAUCCCCAACAGCCCCUUCCAAGUCACGGCUUUGGAAGGUGACUCUCCUGACCAACUAAUGCAGCAGACCCAGAACCGGCAGUACGCCUACGCGCCCAACAUGGGCCAGCCAUGGGCUACAGACAGGCAGUUGGGCAUGAACGGACUGGACGUCGCUGGACUGAGACCCUUUGACUUGGUCAUUCCUUUCACCAUCCAGAAAGGAGAAAUUACAGGUGAUGUAAGAAUGCCUUCUGGAAAAGUGGCCAAGCCUGACAUUACAGAUAACAAGGAUGGUACAGUCACCGUGAAAUACGCCCCAACUGAAGCUGGCCUGCAUGAGAUGGACAUCAAAUAUGACGGAAUACACAUCCCAGGAAGUCCACUGCAGUUCUAUGUGGAUUAUGUCAACAGUGGUCAUGUGACUGCCUAUGGUCCUGGUCUAAUUCAUGGCAUGGUUAAUAAACCUGCAGUCUUCACUGUCAACACCAAGGAUGCUGGAGAGGGUGGUCUGUCUCUGGCCAUUGAGGGUCCAUCAAAGGCAGACAUCAGCUGCACUGAUAAUCAGGAUGGUACCUGCACUGUCUCUUACCUCCCUGUUCUUCCUGGAGACUACAACAUCAUUGUCAAGUACAACGACAAGCACAUUCCCGGCAGUCCUUUCAUGGCCAAGAUCACAGGAGACGACUCGAUGCGCAUGUCUCAUCUGAAGGUGGGCUCUGCUGCUGACAUUCCUCUAGACAUCGGCGAGCUGGACCUCAGCCAGCUGACCGCGUCUCUCACCACCCCCUCUGGCCGGGAGGAGCCAUGUCUGCUCAAGAUGCUCAGGAACGGGCAUGUGGGUAUCUCCUUUGUGCCCAAGGAAAUUGGAGAGCAUCUGGUAAACAUUAAGAAAAAUGGACGUCAUAUUCCUAAUAGCCCCAUUUCAGUCAUGAUCAACCAAUCAGAGAUCGGUGAUGCCAGCCGUGUGCGUGUAACUGGUCAAGGCCUGAGUGAAGCCCGCACCUUUGAGCCUGCAGAAUUUGUCAUUGACACCAGAGAUGCAGGAUAUGGAGGACUCAGUUUGUCUAUUGAGGGACCCAGUAAAGUAGAUAUCAACACUGAAGAUCAAGAAGAUGGCACCUGCAAAGUCACAUAUUGCCCCACAGAGCCUGGAAAUUACAUAAUUAACCUCAAAUUUGCAGACCAACAUGUUCCAGGAAGUGCUUUUACCGUCAAAGUGACAGGAGAGGGUCGGAUGAAGGAGAGCAUCACCCGCAGAAGAAGAGCUGCCUCUGUGGCCAAUGUCGGCAGCCAGUGCGACCUCAGCCUGAAGAUCCCCGAGAUCAGCAUCGCUGACAUGACCGCACAGGUGACCAGCCCAUCUGGCAAAGUACACAAGGCUGAGAUCAUGGAGGGUGAAAACAACACGUACUGCAUUCGCUUCGUGCCCACGGAGAUGGGCGUGCACACGGUUAGUGUGAAGUAUCAAGGUCAGCAUGUCCCCGGAUCCCCCUUCCAGUUCACUGUGGGUCCUCUUGGAGAAGGAGGCGCCCAUAAAGUCCGUGCUGGAGGCCCAGGAUUGGAAAGAGCAGAGGCGGGUGUACCAGCUGAGUUCAGCAUUUGGACCCGUGAAGCAGGAGCUGGUGGUCUGUCCAUUGCGGUCGAGGGACCCAGCAAGGCAGAGAUUGCUUUUGAAGACCGCAAAGAUGGAUCCAGCGGCGUCUCCUACAUUGUCCAGGAGCCUGGCGAUUAUGAAGUGUCCAUCAGGUUCAAUGAUGAGCACAUCCCUGACAGUCCGUUUGUGGUGCCUGUGGCCUCGCCGUCUGAUGACGCCCGCCGCCUCACUGUUGCCAGUCUUCAGGAGUCCGGAUUAAAGGUGAACCAGCCGGCCUCUUUUGCUGUGAGCCUAAACGGAGCGAAGGGAGUCAUCGACGCUAAAGUUCACAGCCCAUCCGGAGCACUUGAAGAGUGCUGCGUCACAGAAAUCGAUGAAGAUAAGUAUGCUGUGAGAUUCAUCCCCAGGGAGAAUGGCCUGUACCUGAUAGAUGUGAAAUUUAAUGGCUCUCACAUCCCUGGAAGCCCCUUCAAGAUCCGUGUUGGUGAGACGGGCCAGGCUGGAGACCCAGGAAUGGUGUCUGCUUAUGGAGCUGGUCUGGAAGGAGGCACCACUGGAUCUCCAUGUGAAUUCAUUGUGAACACAAGUUCAGCUGGCCCAGGUGCUUUGGCAGUGACUAUUGAUGGGCCUUCCAAGGUGAAGAUGGACUGUCAGGAAUGCCCAGAGGGCUACAAGGUCACCUACACGCCUAUGGCACCUGGAAAUUACCUAAUUUCUAUCAAAUAUGGUGGACCAUACCAUAUCGUUGGCAGCCCGUUCAAAGCUAAAAUUACAGGCUCCCGAUUGGUCAAUAGCCACAGCAUGCACGAGACUUCAUCGGUACUGGUUGACCCCGUGACCCGCAGUGUGACGACCAGCCAGCAGGCAGCACCAGGCUGGGGCAGCUCUGACGCCAGCCGUGUAGUUGCCAAGGGUCUGGGACUCAACAAGGGCUUCAUAGGACAGAAGAACACUUUCAGUGUGGACUGUAGUAAAGCAGGGAGAAACAUGCUCUUGGUUGGAGUGGAUGGACCCAAAGUACCCUGUGAGGAGAUCUUGGUGAAACACUUGGGUAACCGUCUCUAUAAUGUGUCCUACCAGCUGAAGGAGAAAGGAGAGUACAUCCUGGUGGUGAAAUGGGGCGACGAGCACAUCCCCGGCAGCCCGUAUCACAUCACUGUCUAAUGGGGCUCCACCAAAAACCUCCAACACCAUCUAAGGCUUCUGCCAGCAUCAAAUACAUGAACACUGAAAACUGUCUUGUCCUUCUUCCUUUUUGUGAUCCUCUCAUCCAGUAUUUUCCUGCACCACUAUUCAGCUUUUAAGCAAGAGAGGGAUUUAAAAGAAGCACCUUGUCACUGUAUGCCAGUCAUUUUUGGAUCCUGUUACAUUUGCUGUAUUCAGUAAACCUUUAAAUCAGAGGGUCCUGGUGGCUUUUGCUCCGUGUUUGGUUUGUUACUGAAUCUGAUCUUGUCCCUAACACAGAGUAGCUGCUAGUAUGUUUUGCCCAGUUUAGGAGACUGCUGUUCCAGUCAUAACUGUACAGAGUAACCAUUGCUAGUAGCAGGAGAAAUCUAGAUGUGAUUCAGCCGCUUGUUUAACACAAAUUUGUUUGUUUUACUUACCAUUGGGUGAAGUGGCGCUUAACCAUAGACUGUCAUGUAGACUGAUUUAACACUGGUGCCAGAGCUCUGUGGGUCUGACCUUCUGAGUGUUUUGACUAUUUUUCAAUCUACAGAGCUGCAUGUUGCUUCCGUUUGACCAUGAAGACGUUUUUGAAAAUGUCAUUUUAGGUGCCAUUUAAAACCGGGAUUGUGUGCCGAGUGAUUUUAGCAACCAAAGGGAAGCUACAUGGCGGAAUAAAGAUGCCGUUUGGCUGAAGAUGUAACGAAAGGGAGAUUUUUGAUGCAUACUGCUUGAGUUAUUGUUGGUUAUGUAAAACGCACUUGGAAGUAGUAACGUUUGGCAAAACGUCACUUAUUUGCGCUCACCUUGUCAGCUCUUUAGCCCUUUGUGCUCUAAUGUCAAUGUAUAAUCAGUAUUUCAAAAUUUAAAAAAAUUAGUUGUCUUAAAAAAAAAAAAUAAAGUUUUGACUUACAGUAUUUUGAUACACAAUAAAGUUGUCUUAACUAUUUUUCUGUCAA